AUGGUUGAAGAAACCAAAACUUUGAUCAAACAAAUGAAUAGUGAGUAGUAAUGCAAAAAAAUUAAAGAGAAUUAGAGGAGAAUGGAGAAUUUUAGAGAAAAAUAAUUUUAGGUUAAGGAAUUGAAAAUGUCGAUCAAUAAUACAAUUGAGAAAGUCUAGAUCAAUUUAGAACAAAAGAUAGCUUUGAUGGAAAAGGAAUUUGAAGAAUAAGAGUCCAAGAUAUAAGUUUCUACUUUUGAAGAAGAUGUUAAAAUCUUAUCAAAAAAUUAUAAAGGCUCCUUCAGCUUUGAGGUACCAAAAGAAUUAGAUAGAUGUAUUGAUGAAAAUACAUAUAUCAAUUUUAUAUAAGAAUAAUUUUAAUAAAUUUUUAAAUGUCUUCAAUUUGAUACAAUCUAAGAAACUUUGAUGAAAAUCAAAGUGAAAUAAGAACAUCUAGAAGUGAAGAAGCAUUAAUUACAAACUUAAAAGGUAAAAGAUUAAUUUGUAUUUAUGUCUUUAAACUAAAUAGAAAACACCUAGCUUUAAAAUCCAAUGUAAUAAGCAUGGAAAAGAAAUUAUCAUGCUUAAUUUGAAUUCAAACGAAAAAAAUUUUCAAGGCUGACUUGUGUUGAAUGUAUUUAAUAAAAUGGUCCAAUUAAAUACACAACUUUAAGUGAUGCAAGCUUAAGAUGGAAUAAAUACAGAGGCUAAACAGAUGAUAAAAUUUAAAGAUUUUAGAAUAAAAAAAGUUAAUAAUAUAAAAAUUUUAGUAAAGCGUUAUCAGUUAACAAUCUAAUCAGAAGAAUGAAAAUUGUUAAAUAAUUAUGA